CGUCCAGCAGCUGAUCGGUAAUCCAGAAGAAGUUUCCGCUCAGUUAGGGGGGAGCUCCACUUUGAAGCAGGAGACUCCACAACCACCCUGCAUUAAAAAGGAAGAGGAGGAACUCUGCAUCACUCAGGAGGGAGAGUGUCUUCUAGGACGAGAGGAAGCUGAUUACACCAAGUUUCCACAGAGUAUUCUCUCUGUGAAGACUGAAGAUGAUGAAGAGAAACCACAAGUAGACAACCUCUUAGCUCCACUAUCAGAUAGUGAGGCUGAAGACGAGGUUGAAGUAACUUUGAGCAGCGAUACAGACUGUGAAGGUGAUAUGAGGACUCACACUGACAACAAACACUCUGAAUGCUCUACAAAGAAGAGAGGUAAAACAUGUUUGAGCUGCUCAGUUUGUGCUGAAAGUUUUACUCAAAAGAGCAGUUUGACUCGACACUUGAGAACACACACAGGUGAAAAACCAUUCAGUUGUUCAGUUUGUGCCAAAAGCUUUUCUCGAAAAUGUGGUUUGACUCAACACAUGAGAACACACACAGGAGAAAAAACAUUUAAUUGUUCCCUUUGUAGCAAAAGCUAUUCGCGAAAUUGCAGUUUGACUGAACACAUGAGAACACACACAGGUGAAAAACCAUUUAAUUGUUCAGUUUGUUGCAAAAGCUUUUCUCAAAAUAGCACUUUGAUUCAACACAUGAGAACACACACAGGAGAAAAACCAUGUACUUGUUCAGUUUGUGGCAAAGGCAUUUCUCAAACUAGCUAUUUGACUAAACACAUGAGAACACACACAGGUGAAAAACCAUUUAGUUGUUCAGUUUGUGGCAACAGCUUUUCUGUUAAGAGUAAUUUGACUCAACACAUGAGAACACACACAGGAGAAAAAACAUGUAAUUGUUCAGUUUGUGGCAAAAGCUUUUCUGUUAAGAGUAAUUUGACUGAACACAUGAGAACACACACAGGUGAAAAACCAUUUAAUUGUUCAGUUUGUGGCAGAAGCUUUUCUCAAAAUAGCUGUUUGACUCUACACAUGAGAACACACGCUGGAGAAAAACCAUUUAGUUGUUCAGUGUGCGGUAAAAGCUUUUCUGUUAAGAGUAAUUUGACUCAACACAUGAGAACACACACAGGAGAAAAAACAUGUAAUUGUUCAGUUUGUGGCAAAAGCUUUUCUGUUAAGAGUAAUUUGACUGAACACAUGAGAACACACACAGGUGAAAAACCAUUUAAUUGUUCAGUUUGUGGCAGAAGCUUUUCUCAAAAUAGCUGUUUGACUCUACACAUGAGAACACACACUGGAGAAAAA